UUCUGCUACUACUGACAUCAAAGGUCGAAUUAAUGGAAGAUAAAACGUCUCCCUCAUCCUAAUUCUAUCACAUGUACAAGCCUGCGCCACCCAGACCCAAAAAGACAAACAUCAUCCGCUCCCGCAAUGGCUGUCAGAGUUGCCGCAGCCGCAGAACCAAAUGUGAUGAGCGAAAGCCCACAUGCGGGACCUGCGCGAGACUUGAGAAGAUCUGUGAAUAUGCUAGGCCAGCUUUCAAGUUUCAAAUCGCGACAUUCGACGACCCAAAACCAUCACCAAAGCAACUAGCAUCCGCAACAACAUCCAGUGUAUCGUCAGAAGAGACAAGACCAAUACAGGAGACAAGCCCAAUACCGACUGAAGACCAGACAUUGGCUGUCCGAGCUGCAGAAGAUGUCACCUCCAUCGGAAGCCAUAGCAUCAUCCAGUCAUUGCAAAUGACGGACCGCGAUAUCUUUUAUACCACCUACUGGGAGGGCUCUUGCUUACCAGCCUUGCACCCGAUAUUCCAUUUUGCCACUUCAUUAGCCGCUGACCAUCCCAUUCUCAACGACGCCCUUUUGGCCCUUUCAUCGUGCAAUAUCGGGCGCCUUCAUGCUGAGCGCAGAACACCCUCAGCCGGGACGAUGUGUUCAAUGAGUCCUAGUCUCAUCCACCAGACACGGAGUCAUCUAUACUACUCGUCCGCAAUCCAGAAGUUGGCCAUCAUGCAAUCACAAGACUACCAACAGAACUCAGUCACAAUAUUAACUGUUCUUGUUCUGUUCGCUCAUCUGGAGCAAGCCAUGGGCAAUUUCCAGGGCUUUUACACUCACGUCCGGGGGAUGAUGAAUCUUCUUGAAUGGCAUGAAGACAUCAAAGACACAGCCACCAAGUCGCUGCUUGCUUCGUGGAUGCAAAUCCACUAUGUUAUAUAUGCCGCACUGCAGCAGUUUCAGAAUUUUCGGUCAGGCGACGUUAGUGAUCCCGAUUUCGACGAAUACUAUGUAUAUUGCACUACUCUAUUGCACAAAGAAGCGGCAAAGCUGGAUGCAUGGAUAUUACAACUUCCGCUAUCCGAGCAGCUAAUAUACAAGCUCAACGACACAGACAGCACUACAAUCCGCUUCCAGUCCCAUGAUGCCGCGCUGAACUAUGCAUACUACGUAGUUGCACGAGCCAUGCAGUGCACGGGUAUUCUGCGACUCCUUUAUGAUCGCGAAACCGCCCUUCCCGGACGGGAGUUCCGGAUUGCACAGUGGAGCGAUAUGCAGACGUCCAUUACCAAAAAUAGCUAUACUAUCGGGUUCUCGGGCUUACUCUUGGCGGGUAUUCUCCGAUGCCAGAGUCUAUCAGUAGGCUUGGAGAUCCAAGAUUGGUUGCAGACGCUCAUUAAUCUGCAACCAACCGAAGAGGAGGCAUCUCCUAUCUAUCAAACCUUCAACGUGGUCAAGAUCAUCAAUCAACAGAGAGCCCUCGGCCGUGAUGUUUUCACUGUCACUCAGCCAGUGGAUAACGGCGGUGGAACACCCAAGCUUACUGGGUACAACAGCCAGUCGAUUACAAGCCUUCUCUUCCAUGGGAAAAACCAUAAUCUCGACUGUCUUUUCCAAGAUUGCAUCUCCCUGAAUGUCUGA